AUCCAACAAAGCUACAGGUAAAAUGACAAUAUUCCGGUCUAAGGACCACAGGAGUCUAUAUAUAAGCCUGCCUCAAUUGUGUUACGUGAUUCAAUCAGUGCCCAUUCCACCCGGCAAUUAAUGACGUAAUUGGAGUGUGAGAGAGUGUGUAAGCAAGGGAGAGUGUGAGUGAAUUUAACAGGAGUGUAAGAAAUACACUUAGGGAUCCUACCCCUAACCUUGCCCACAGGCUACAUAAGCAAUAAGGACUGUAAAAGAUAAAGAAUAUACUAAGGGCCCGUCCCAAUACCUCCCCUACCCCUAGAUUUUUGCCCUAACCCUCAUUUUUGCGCGUGCACGUGUAGGGGUAGGGUGUCCCAUUACUUUAGGGAGCAAGACGGAGUGCUAUUUCCCCCUUAAAAUCAACCCUCAAAACAUAGCCAGGACCUAUGCAGGCUUAAAACGAAGUGGGAGAUGAAAUUACCCAGGAUACCUUGCGAGCUCAGCGAGCCGGCCAAACUUUUCGACCAAGAUGGCGGACGCCGCUGGAAAAGAACAACUCCAUUGGACUGUCGAGCAGGCCUCAUCAGGUUCAGGGCUGAAAAUGAGAAGUUCACCAAAAAAAAAUAUGCCUCCAAACUGUUAUGGGAGAAAGCAGUGAAAGACCUGGGCCUGGAAGGGAAAAUGACAGGAGAGAAGGCAGCCAAGAAGUGGGAGAAUUUGAAGAAAUGGUACAAGGACCUGAAACAACCAAAGACGGGCUCAGGUACAGACAGUGGCGAAACAACAGCAUCGAAUUGGCGGUACUAUGAGGCGAUGCACGCCGUUUUGGGGGGAAGGCCAGCAAUAGAUCCUCCCGUGAUUGUGGCAUCUUUCAAGCCGGCAGAGGACCCUACAUCAUUGUUAAUGGCCAUUGUCACGCCCGAACCUGAACCCCCCGAGGAAGACAUCUCUGAGGCUGGAUCUACUCUUCCUCCCACCACCCCAAUUCAUCCCACUGCACCAACCACCGCUCGUCCCACCUCUUCAGCUUUCCCCACUACACCAACCCCCGCUCGUCCCACAACUUCAGCCACUACUCUUCCCCCCACCAUUCCAGCUGCUACUCGUCUCCCCACCACUCCAUCUCCAAAAAAAAGGAAGAGGGGCAAUAAUAAGAGGCGCUGCAGGGCAUGCAAGGCCCGCCUAGUUAACCUGAAGUCCCCAAUGGUCUCUAACUCCACAUUAAACCACAGGCGUAGGAUGGGCAUGUUGACAUUCAACCUGCAUAAACAGCAGUUUUGA